CUAUCUUCAAGAUGAACAAAUACUCAUUUCCCUCCUCUCCUCCACUCCCACUACUUCCUCUUCUCCAAAUCUUCCAAUUUCAUGGACUCAAUCUUCUCUCCAAAACCUCACACGCUUUCUUUAAUUUCUUGCUCUCCAAUCUCCUCUUCUCUUAUUCCUCGCCGCCGCCAAUGCCUCUUCGGUUCUAGCCAUAAUAAUUUACGGCCCCCUGGUUUUCUUCGCUCGCGGAGGAAAUGCCGAAAUAUCGGCUUUCAAUUCAGCGCUCACUCUUCACGAUUUGUCCUCAGAGCUUCUCUUGAUUCGCAAUCGGUUGUGGUUGUUGCUGCCGUUGUCACUAUCUCUGCUCUUACAAUCAUCUUUUUUGAAUUUUCCAAACGAAAUGCCAAUAUCAAGGAGGAGGAGAAAUCUGUCGAAACUCCGAUGAAGGAAGUAUCCAAAGUCAGCAAUGAGCUUGAGGAUGCGGGGACAGAUGUGCAACUAGGUGGAACCUAUUUGAUGCAAACCGUCAUUACCAACAAAAUUGAGUCUGCAGAUGCUAAUCAGAUGGCUUCUAGUUCCGGUGGAUCUUUGACCUUAGGAGCACCUGGAUCUAACACACACACUGAAUCAGAUGUAGUACCAUCAUCUUUUGUGGCAGAGUCGCACAACAAUUAUCUGCAGGAACAUCUACAGGGAACUAAAACGAGUAACAGAUUGACUACGGAGGAAGUCAGUUCAGAGCAUAGUGUUGGUUUGUUUCCUGCAAUCAACAUAGAUAAAGGAAUUGAAGAAACCAAGAAAACAGACCAUGCACUCACGGAGGACGGCGGACGUAAGGUAGCCCAUAAACAUGUUGCAGAGGAUGAAGUCAGUAUCCAUAAUCUUAUUUUCAGGGAUUCUGCGCGCAAAGAGUUGUACUCGUUCUUUGAGGCAUCUACCAAAAAUCUAAAUGGUCAAAAAGCAUUGACUUCUCAUGCUUCCAGUGAACGCAUUAGCGUCUUUUCACACACUUCAAAAGUUUCUUCAAUACAAGCAGAGGAUUUUAAGGAGAAAAGGCCUCAUGGAUGUUAUAAAGAAGGACCAUUCGAUAGCAAGGACUUUGGGAAAAGAAAGCAUCAUUUCACUACGAAGGAAAAGAGCAUUCUACUGGACAAUGGUACCACAAAGCAGUUUCAGAUUCCUAAUCCAAAGGGGAUCCAAGUGUGUGAUGGACCUCAACCAUCCGACCAAUUCAGAGCUUAUCGCCGUUUCUUGAGAGAGGGCAGGUUGAUGGACUGCAUAGAAAUGCUUGACAAUAUGGAAAGGCACGGUUCAUUGAAUAUGGAUAAAGUGUAUCAUGCUGGUUUCUUCCAAGCCUGUAAAAGCCAAAAGGCAGUGAAGGAAGCUUUCCGUUUCACCAAGCUUAUCCAAAAUCCAACUCUAAGCACAUUCAAUAUGCUCUUGUCUGUAUGUGCAAGCUCACGGGAUUUGGAGGGUGCUUUUCGAGUGCUUCAACUUGUCCGUGAGACUGGACUGAAACCUGACUGCAAGCUCUACACUACUCUUAUAUCAACUUGUGCAAAAUCUGGGAAAGUUGAUACCAUGUUUGAGGUUUUUCAUGAAAUGGUCAAUGCUGGAGUUGAACCAAAUGUUAAUACAUAUGGUGCACUUAUUGAUGGGUGUGCUAAAGCUGGACAAGUUGCGAAGGCCUUCGGUGCCUAUGGUAUAAUGAGAUCUAAGAAUGUGAAGCCAGAUCGUGUUGUAUUCAAUGCUCUUAUCACAGCUUGUGGUCAAUCAGGAGCAGUGGAUCGUGCAUUUGAUGUCUUAUCUGAGAUGAAAGCAGAAGCACGACCAAUAGAACCUGAUCAGAUUACUAUUGGGGCUCUGAUGAAAGCAUGUGCAAAUGCCGGUCAGGUUGAUCGAGCUCUGGAUGUUUACCGUAUGAUUGAUAAAUAUGAUAUCAAGGGCACAGCAGAGGUUUACACGAUUGCUGUAAAUUGUUGUAGUCAAAAUGGUAACUGGGAUUUUGCGCGCAGCAUUUAUGAUGACAUGACUAGAAAAGGUGUUUAUCCAGAUGAGAUGUUUAUCAGUGCGCUGGUAGACGUGGCAGGGCACGCUGGUAAGUUGGAUGCUGCAUUUGGUGUUCUAGAAGAAGCCAGGACUAAAGGCAUAAAUGUGGGAUCUAUGUCAUAUAGCUCAUUGAUGGGAGCCUGUAGUAAUGCAAAGAACUGGCAGAAGGCACUAGAAUUGUAUGAGGAUGUUAAAGGCGUCAAGUUAAAACCAACCGUUUCAAUGAUGAAUGCAUUGGUAACUGCAUUAUGUGAUGCUGAUCAAUAUCAGAAGGCUCUGGAAAUUUUUUCUGAAAUGAAGAGAGUGGACCUAUGCCCUAACACCAUUACAUACUCCACUCUGUUAGUGGCAAGUGAAAAAAAGGAUGACUUGGAUAUUGGCCUCAUGCUUCUUUCUCAUGCUAAAAAGGAUGGCGUUUCCCCAAACCUUGUUAUGUGCAGAGGUCUACUUG